AAUUAUCACUUCAAGUAUUACUUAAUCAUGAUAUUACAACAAUAACGCCAGAUAAUCUAGCUUUAGAACAUAAACACAUUUCGUCCUUUUUUAGCACGUCGUGGCAAGGUGAUUUUUUCUCGCUUUUUAACGCGUCAAACAAGUACAUCGAGUCGUUCACCGGAAUCUGUGUCUCUUAAGUCCGACCAAAAGAUAUUCUUCGACGAUGACGAUAAUCAAGUCCGCUCUGGUGCAAACGCAAGUGGGAGUAGAUCGCGAUGCGAAUUUGAAAAACGCCAAGAAAUUCAUCGAGGAAGCUGCGAAGGGCGGCGCAAAAUUGAUCUGCCUCCCAGAAUGCUUCAACUCUCCAUAUGGGGUGAAGUUCUUUGAUAAGUAUGCUGAGUGCGUCCCGAAUGGCCCAACCUGUGAAAUGUUGUCUAAUGUAGCCAAAGACAACCAAAUUUAUUUAGUUGGAGGAACCAUUCCAGAGAUCUACGAAAACAAGUACUACAACACUUGCACUGUGUGGAAUCCAUGUGGUGAGAUGAUUGCCAAGUACAGGAAGAUCCACCUCUUCGAUAUUGACAUUCCUGGUGGUAUAACAUUCAAGGAAUCUGACAUCCUAUCACCUGGUAAAGAACUGGCGACUUUCUGCAUUGAUGAUGUGAAAAUCGGCUUGGGAAUUUGCUACGAUAUGCGUUUUGAGGAGUUGGCCAAACUCUACAGGCUCAUGGGAUGCAGCAUGAUCAUCUAUCCGGGAGCGUUCAACAUGACAACCGGUCCAAUGCAUUGGGAACUGCUGCAGAGGGGCAGAGCUUUGGACAACCAGAUCUACGUGUGCGCUAUCAGUCCGGCAAGAGGCACUCAAGGAUACAUCGCUUGGGGUCAUUCGCAGUUCACGAAUCCGUGGGGAAAAGUGAUCUGCCAAGCCGAUCAUACCGAAAAAGUCGUUCACUGCGAUCUCGACUUCAAAGAGUGCGACGUUGUCAGACAGCAAAUUCCGAUCUUCAAGCAAAGGAGAUGCGACGUCUACGAUACCAUCAACAAAAUCAAUUAGUCAUCGUCUUAAUGCAACUGUUUAAUAAACCAUUUUACAGAAAUCAUGUUUUUAAAAAAAAA